GGUUUGUUCGGGGAGCUAGGGUUUAAGCUAUGGCGCCGUUGCGGACGCUCGGCUUUGCGUCUCUCACGCCUCGUGUUUUGGAGUUUCUGGAGCGCAACAAGAUCGUCACAGGUAUGAUCUUUGCGCUAGUGGGGGAUUUUGUUUCACAGGAACUAGAUUCUGGCGUGGAAGAUCCAGAAAUUCAGAAGUUUAAGUCCGAAUUGGCCACGUUUCUGGAAGAAUGUCAUGGAAAAUGGGAAAAUGGAGAUGAAAUGCUCCAGAAAAAUCUGCAAGCCGGCUCCCUUUCCACAGGGUUUGAAAGCUUGGAUUCUCUGCUGAAAGGAGGUUUGAAGGAUGGAACAAUCACGGAACUUGUGGGGCCUUCCUCUUCCGGAAAAACUCAACUGUGUAUGCACUCUGCCGCAUGCGUGGCUUACCACCACAAGUUUUCUGUGGCGUAUGUCGAUGCCUCGAGUUCUUUCUCAGCCGAGCGUGUUUUGCAAAUGAUGUGUGGCAGAAGAUGUAGCUCGAUAGCUAUCGAGGACGAUGUGAAAGAGGCGAUGCGAAGGAUCUUCUGCUUUAAAGUUUACGAUGUCCACGGCCUAUUGGAAGUGCUUCAUAGUCUAUACGAUCCCGCAAGUUCAUUCCCGGGUCCGGUGCAUUUACGGCUAGUUAUUGUUGACUGUCUGGCAUCUGUUCUUUCUCCAAUUCUUGGUGGCAACAACGCUCAAGGACACACUUUAAUGAUGUCCGUUGCUCAGAUCCUGAAAAGCAUUGCAAUCAACCGCAACAUCUGUGUCCUGAUCACAAACAACACUGUUGCCGCGGAGGACGAGGAGCUGAAGCCAGCGCUCGGCGAGAGCUGGAAGUCGGUCCCUCACGUACGUCUGAUGCUCGCCAAGGAUCACGACAACAAUUCCUGCACUGUUACACUUCUAAAGCACACGUCACUCGCUUGCGAUGCGGAGGUAACCUUCUGCUUUGACAGAGGCUAAAAGCAGACAUUAGCCGGCCACCUACAUGUGACGAAGGAGAAGAAGAAUCGGAAAAGAAGGCAUCCGUUUGCCUUCCUGUUUUCAAGUAACAACUGGUCAUGGAUCUUCCGUUCGUCCCAGUGAUUUUUCAGGGGCUUGGCAGCGAGCACCAUCCUCAGGCCCCAGGGAAGAGGCUGGCUGGCUUCCGUGCAUCGCAAGAACAGGGGGAUAGAUAAUGGCUUUGCGAGAAAUGCCGGAAUCUAGGAGACCCUUCCAUUCCCAUCGAAGUUAAGUGGCUUCCCGUUUGCUGCUUUCAAAUGAUUUUUGGGAUGCAGGGAUUCUUAGCUUGGAAGGCAGCGGCAAUUGAUUGCCAGCAAGAAAGUGCUGCUACUCUAUUGAUUUCAUCCACAGAGCGCGAAGUUUUCAAUGGUUUUUCCUUAGCUCUUACACAACAACGGAUUCACGGUACGAUGGGCAAGUGCCAGUUGUUGAGAAAGCAACGCUGCGAAAAAAAUUUGCGAUGUGAUUUUGAUGUUGGAACAAACAUAAAAAGCAACGAUGUUCAUAUUCCACUGGCUAUGCAAAUUAAUUAGCGGUCUCGACUAAUUAA